AUGUAUUUACUUUGUUGUCCGCUUAUAGAUAAGGAAUGUAAGGAGGAGAGUGACUUAUGUAAACGUGCAAAUUGCGUAACAACGAAUUGGUUUAGGGACAGGAUAACGGGGGGCAACCAGAAACAAACUUGGUGUGUAUUUUGGAAUGAUGACGUCAAAGGAUUAUUGGAUAAUCUGUCUAAGGCUAUGACCGAUACAAAUACAGGAGAGAAGGGUAUAUGCAAGAACGUAGGGAACACAGAUGGUACACCGCAUGCAGAAGCAAAUAGAAAAGCUUGUGAAUACAUCGUUAAAGGUUUAGAAUACAUAUAUAAGAUUAAGGAAUCUGGGAGUUGGGAAGAUGCUCAGAAAGAAAGGAAGAAGAAGGACAACCAAAUAUUUGGUCAAACUAUGUCGUGUGUCUUACUGAAUAUGUAUGCAGAUGAAUUGAUCAAAAAAUCGAAAGAUGAAGAAUGUGAAAUUAAAGAAGAAAAAAUAAAAGAAAUGUUUGAUAAAGGAAAUAGUAAGAAGGGUGAAUGGUGUAUGAGCAAUGGUGGUGCUUGUAUUGAAUGUACCAGGCAGGUAGAUCUAAGUUGUAAAUUGAGCGUGGAAGAGGGUCUAUGGGACAAAAAUGGAAGUACAAAUUGCAUGGCGGACAAUGAAAAUAUAAAGAACAAAGUAGAAAAAAUGCUUAAUGACGAUGACAGAGUAAAACGAACUAUAAACAGCAUAUGCAGAGAUUGUAGCAAGAAAACUGACCUAUGUGAACGUUUGGAGUGCAUAGCACAUAAUUGGUUCGAGGACAGAAUAGAUCACAAAGGGACAAAGAAGAGCUGGUGUACAUUUUGGGAUCCGGACGCCAUAAAUAGACUGAAGGAACUAUCUGAAGGAAUAACAAAGGAGGGCGCAACCAUCGAUCCAGCAUGUGAAGACACUAAUGGAAGGAAUACUAUAAUAACGGACACAGAAAAGAAGGCUUGUGGGUUCAUUACUGCUGGGUUAAAGUACAUUUAUGGCAUUACGGAAAAUAAGACAGAGCCGAACAGGAAGAAAGCAAGGAAUAAUAGACUAACAGAACAAACCAUGGGCUGUCUCCUAUUAAAUGCAUAUGCGGACAAAUUAAUGCGGGAGGUUAAACGCCCCUGUUACAUUACAGAAAAAGAAAUAAAAGAUAUGUUUGCUAAAGGAAAUAAGAACAUAAAAACAUGGUGUAAAGAAGGGGAGGGUAAAUGUGUUCAAUGUGAAAGGGAUACAAGUUAUGCAAAGUGCAAACUAAGCGUGGAUACUUCCCUCCGGAAUGAAAACGGAAAAUGCUAUCAGGAAAAAGAUGAUAUAGGACCCAAAGUGGAGAAAGUGUUCGAGGAAGGGAAAAAAGACACAAAAAAUAGACCGAAAAUAAAGGAAGCUCUGGGUGCUAUAAAUACUAUAAAUAAGAUAAAUGAUACCUUAUGUGAUCGUGUAAAGUGUAUAUACUAUAGGUGGGGUGAAAACAGGAAAGUUAACGGAGGGUACCAAUCUUGGGAUUUGUUUUGGGAUAACGACGUCGAGACUAGACUGAAGAACUUGUCUGCUGCUGUGACUAAAAGGAAUGGGGAAGAGGAAGAACUAUGUAAAAAUAUUGGAACGGGAGAUGGAACAGAUUCAGGAGCAAACAAAAAUGCUUGCAAAUUCAUUGUUAGGGGGUUAGAACACAUCUACAAAAUUACAAAGGGGGCUGAGGGCGGGCAGCAGAAGAUAGACGAUAAUCUCAUAUUUCACCGAACUUUCUCUUGUAUCUUACUGAAUAUAUAUGCAGAUCUACUGAUCGAAAAAAAGGAGAAUUGUAUUACUGAACAAACUAUAACUGAUGCAUUUACUAAGGGGAACACAAAGAUGGAUGAAUGGUGUAAGGAUAAUGUUAAUGGUGAUUGUGUAACAUGCACAAGGGAUAAGGACUAUGAAUCUUGCAGAAUAAGCAAAGAAGACGGAAACACAAUAGGGAAGAGAAUGAAAGAUGACCUAGGGAAGAAUCAACAAAUAAACAAAACUCUCCAGGAUCUAUGUCCAACCAAACCACAAGCUACGAAGCCUGCUGCUGCUAAAGCUGCCCCAGAAGAAGCAGCUACACCAGGAAAAGUUGGAAGGGCCGAUCUUAGUGCAACGGGGGAUGGUGCCCUACUACCACAACCAGCACCAUCAGCACCAGCAUCCGGAGUACAUCCGCCACGAUCACAGCAGCCAGAUAAAUCUAGUACUAAAAGUCACACAGAUGCAGAAGGGAAAGGUAAGUCCAAAAAUAAGGAAUGUGAAAAUAAUGAAGUCCAAGGAGGUGAGGCAGAAGCUAUGAAAUGUCUUGGUCUGGACGAUCAUACUAAUGUUCAAACGUGUGUCGGUACUGAUUGUAACUUACAGGAUGAUUUUUUAAAAAGUGGAACAUUCUCUUAUACUGGAGAAUAUGGAACUGUUACUACCACAAAAAUUAAUUCCACCACCUCAGGUCCAGAUCCUACAAUUAGUACGCAAACUCCUGUGGACACAUCAUCUGAGAUAGGUCAAGCAGGAAAUGACCAAACUGCUCAAGGUACUGGUGGUGGAGGUGCUGGAAUUCCAGGUAUUGGUGUCCCUGGGGCAGGUAUCCCUGUAGUUCCAGGUGCAGGUGUUCCAGGAUCCGUUAGUCCUGCUGCUGGCCCUUCUUCAGAAGGUGGCUCCGGGCAAGAUGCUGGUAGUAAGGGUCCAACUAAGACUGACGGAACAGGUGACCAAACUGGUUCAAAGAGUGUCCCGAAAACUUUUCCGAAGUAUUUUUUCUUCCUCGGUAAAAAAAGACGACGUUACAAAAGAGCUCAUCAAGUACGUGGUCCAGCCUUACAGGAACAACUCCUUGAUCAUGUGGACGAACAGGCAGAUGGUCCACAUGAAUAUACCUUAGUAAAGGAGCGAAAACAACCAAGAUCUGCUCCAGAAAGAACAAAAAGGGAAAAAAAACAGGGUGUUGGUCGCCCUGUUGUUCACCGUACCAUUAUUGAUAUCCAUUUAGAAGCCUUAGACGAAUGUCAGAAAGGGGACCUGCAUUCGACGAAGGAAGACUUUUUUGAAAUUUUGGUUCAAGAAUUCAUGGGGAACGAAUUCAUAAAAGAACAAAAGGUUCCUGAAGAAGAAAUUCCUACGGAACACGUUCCUAGUUCAGAUUCCGGGUUUAAGGAGGAAGACGUUGUUCCUAAGGAAAGUGUUCUUAAGGAAGAAAUUCUUAAAGAAUAUGUUUCUGCGGAACAGGUUCCAUGUUCAGAUUCCGUGUUUAGGGAGGAAGACCUUUGUUCCAAAGGAAAGUGUUUCUAA